AUGGAGGAAAUACAGAAAAAAAGAAAAGGACUCAUCAAGAAGAUUUGUGCUGGCAUACAACCAGGUGCCAAUGGUUACUACAAACCGCUCGGGAAUAAGAUGUUAAUAUUUAAUGACCAAUAUAAGUUUUUGUACUGCAAAGUUCCCAAAGUUGCUGGCACUAGUUGGAGACGAGUACUAUUAGUCUUAACAGGGGUGCUUAAUAGUACAGCUAAGGUUCCUGGUUUCAAUGUGUAUCAACAGAAUUAUCCAUCUAUAUCUCAAUACAAAAAUAACAGGCGAAACUAUACUUCAUUUGUUUUUGUCCGACACCCUUUUCAUCGAUUAUUAUCUGCAUACAGGAACAAGCUCGAAAAGACAGUUCCACUUGGUUUUGAGAAAAUUGCCAAACAAAUAAUAUCCCAAUAUCGUCAUAACACCUCUUUUGAUAACACAAACAGCGAGGCAAAUGUAUCGUUUCCGGAAUUUAUACAAUUUCUAUUGAAUUUCAAAAGCAAAUCUAACCUCAAUAAGCACUAUGAUUUCCAGCACAAAUGUUGUGCGGUAUGUGAAUAUUCUUAUGAUUUUAUUGGUCAUUUUGAAAAUAUUGUCGAAGAAUCAAACUAUCUUCUCCAUUCCCUUGGAAUAACCAGAGUCUCGUUUCCGGAACAUGACGUAUAUGAUCACGCAACUAACAGCACAAACAAUACUACUUAUAUGAAAUACUACUCACAAGUUCCAUCAAGAGACAUCAUUGAACUAUAUAAAUUAUAUGAAAUGGACUUUAAAUUGUUUGGAUACCCAUUUCCUAAAGAACUUGUUUGA